GUAUUACUUUUGGUUUCACUCUUGAUAAAAUAUUUUUACACUAAAUUAAGGAAGCACUAUUACGUAAGCUGCGUCAUGCGUGAGGGUAAUGCUGAUGCAAUUUGCGUGCGCGCUCUCUCUUUCGCUGGAUGUUGUGGCGAGAGGCACGGCUAGACCGGAAAUGUCCAAAAUGUGCUUGACUGUGAUCGUGUCUGUUAUUUCUUUUGACACAGGGCUGCUGCUGCUCUGCGGGACCUGCAUUGGGUAUGGGUUUACAUCCCAUCCCUCUGCGUUGAGCCGACCAGAUGAACCAGUUCUUUCCCGUGCUGACGGUCUUGUGAGUGAGGACAAAACCUACAUCAAGAAACUCUGCGAAAUUCCUGAACUGAGAAAGGAUGAUCAAUUGAUUGUGCAAAAAGGAGAUACGAUUGUUGGACAAUACUUCUGCGACAAUUGGAACUGCACAGUUAAUUAUUGUGAGAACUGCUUUGAAAUUAGAUCAGGAUAUUUGUUUCUGAUCUUGCACAACAUCGGUCCCUUGGAUCAGUUUGAUGCAUUCCUAAAUGCUAAUAAAACACCUUUUCUACCGAACUUCACUCUUGAUGAAGAGCCACAAAACAUUCCCACAAUCUCUGAAGAACACACGGGAGAGACACCGUCUACUGGAGAGACACCGUCUACUGGAGCUAUUGUGGGCAUGGCUGUUGGAGCUCCUGUAUUAGCUCUUGUAGCUGCACUAGUUAUUGUAGAUUUUAUAAUUCUUAGAAGACCUGGACGAGAUGCAAUAACAACUAAAGCCUUCAAAUCUCUCCUAAGGAAGAUUUGCAACCGAGAGCCAAACCAGCAGGUGGAGAAUCCCAUAGAGAUGGAAGUUUUCGUGCCAAACCCAAAUCAAGUGUGAGAGGCCAAAUGUAGGAGGGUCAAUGAGCGACGGCUCGUGGUACCAUCACAAAGACCCACAAAAUCACUCCAGAACAUUCUCAUUCACGGCUCCAUGCUGGAAGGAUCUCCCCGUCCCGUCCGGCAACUGAAGACUCAUCUCUUUCGUGAGCACUUAACAUAGAAGAGACUUUCUUUCCUUUUCUUAAAUCCUUUUGUUUAAUCCUCCCUUGUCUUGUUUAUGCUACUUUGAGCAAUGCCUGAACUUUGUAUUUUGAGCACUUCUUGAGUUGUUUUUGCCUCAACUCAACUUUAUUCCUCAAUUGUAAGUCACUUUGGAGAUUCGUCUCUCAAAUGGCUAAACGUAAAUGUGCUGGGAACCUUGAAGUGUAGUACAGCACUGUCCUUCGGUGCAAUACAGUAUUGUGCAAAAGUUUACAAAUUCACAGGUGACAUGAUUCCUGUGUUUUAACCUUAAGUAUUUAUUUCUUUUUAUUAUGUGGAAUAUCGUGUUUUAAAUAAGAAGAAUUUUGUCUUUGUAUUUCAUAUGAAGGAUGAAAGUUACGGUACACUGUGAAAAAAGCUCUGUCCUCCAUUUUGGAUCUUGAAUGUAUACAUUGAAUGUAUUUUAUCUUGUAAAGAUUGUGAGCCAAUGCCGUUUUAUUGAUUUAAUCUUUAUGCUGUUUUAUUUAUUUUUUUUUAAAUUUGCACAUCAUUAGAUAAAGAAAUUAUUAGAGCUGUACCAAUAUUGGUGUAUAACCAAUCACACCAAUAAUAGUAACAAUGGGAAAAAUAAAUUAGACAUUUCAGUUUAUUGUUCCAAUCAGUUUAUUGUUCCAAUCUUUUGAAAUCACUUAAACUGGUUGGGUAAGUAAGCUGGCUGAAAAACAACAAAUAAAAUAUAAAAUGAACAGAAUAAAUAGAGUAAUUUUUUUUUUUUUUUUUUUAAAUAAAUUUAUCAUGACACCAUUAUAAUCAGAGGUGGAAACUGGCUAAAAUAAUUCUGCUUUUUUCAAAUGUCUACAGCAAGUCUACUAAUAUUUGAUCAUUUAAUGCAUUGGCAUAAUGUUAAUACUACUUCUAUGGUUAUAACCCAACCGUAGGUACUGCUACUGUUAUGAUUUAGCCUAACCGUAGCUAAAAGAUUAAAAGUAGGUUAAAAAAAGUGAAUGUACUACUUUUUAGCUUAUCUAAACUAGUAAAAAAAAAAAAAAAAAAAAAAAAUCAUAUAGCUAUAUAUAUAUAUAUAUAUAUAUACAUAAAAAAAAUGUUUUGCUACUUGAUUCAUCUCUGCUCCUGGAGACUUGCAGUCCUGCACAGGUGUGUGUGAGUUGAACUCUGCAGGAGUGUGAGUCUCCAGGAGGAGGGAUGAAGAACUUUGCUUUAGCUUUCCCGAUUGUGCUCCAGGUAUAUUGAGCCUACCUAUGGCCCUGUGCACAAUACUAAGUACAUUUAUUUAGUUUGAGAAGACUUACCUCUCUAUACUGGGCUUUCUUUUUAUCUUGUUGCUUUGUCCGUUUUCAUCCCUGUGCACCAGAGGGUUUUUAGACCGCUUCUUUUCCGACACGUGUCACCCAUGGCAAUCGCCUAGUUCGCCUAUAGCAAUCGCUGGCCCUGAGCCUUAGUUUUUCAUUUUGCUGCACUAGAGCAGUCUGCAUGGGAUUGAGUUUAUUUUUGUGUUUAUCAGUCUCUGGGAACAUACCAAUAAAAAUAAAUAAGCACUUUCCACCUUUGAUUAUAAUAUGUGAGAAACAAGUAAAAUAGAUAAAAUUUACACCAUGUUAGGGUUGUUGUCUUGCCAGUUCAAUGCUGUGUGUGUGUGUGUGUGUGUGUGUGUGUGUGGUAAAUUUAUGGAAAAAGACUUAAGUAAUUUUUGUAAUCUUUUGCACAUGUUUUAAGCAGAUUUGUCAAAAUAUAU